AGGGCUCCUCGUAAGAUGAAUCGUGAGGAGUUGAGCCACAUUCGUGAUCGGCUCAUUUUCCUUACAGAGUGUUCGGCAACUCAGAAACCUCAGAACAUCAAGAGAAAAUCUUCUUCUUCAAUUAAAAGUCGGAGCAAAGAUGGAUCGAAAGAGGGACCCAAAUGGACUAUGCAAGAUUUUGUUCGGAGAGACCCGAGUUAUACUACUGACAUUGAGCAUUUGGUGUUUCCUGGAAGAAGGAGAAGUUCACAGACCAGCACGACCAGCUCUUCCAAAACGAGGUCUAGGUUAGCCGAGAUGUUUGCUUUAAGUCGACAUCUUCAGCAGAGGUCUGUCGAGAGAGAGUUUAAGACCCGGAAUCCCCUUGUCAACCGAAGUAUCGAUAGUGCCAUUGAAAGCGGUCGAUCUCAUCCUCAAAAGCAAAAGUCUUCGUCGGUUGUUGCAGCACGUCUUGCAGAUCAAGGCCUUGCAAUGGUACCGCCUUCUUCUUCAGCUGCCCGAUCGUGGGCCGCGCCCGAGAAGCAAUCGUCGUCUCAACCGGUCCGCCAAGGCUCCGUUGUUUCCGCGGCCGGACCAGCGGGCGCCGGCUUCAUGGGCACUUCUAGACCCAGUGCAAAGUCGUCAUCGGUCGAAGUCGACAUGACGAGCGCGAGAGGCCCAAAUGUGUCAAUAGUUCAUUUGAGAAAUACGUCGGACCGUUGGGAUUCCCUGUCAAAAAUUAGUCCAAAUGCUUCCAAACCGCACAAAUCUUCUCGUAGUCCAAAGCAAAACGUCUCAUCGAUAACUAAACAUCAGUCUCUAGGUUCAACGGCGAGCGUUAAAUAUCCAUGGGAAAAUAACGAAAACGGUUUCAAUUACGAGGAGCCGAUAUCUUCAAAGGAAUUGUUCAUUACAGGCUCUUGCAGUAGAGAGCUGUCGCCAGUGCGAUGGUGUGAUAGGGAAGUUGAUGGGGUAUUUUUGGGAAGGUCUGGUUGGGUCCAGGUCCAGCAAAGGUCAUUGGAUGAUUGUCGAAAAAGCAAUUACAAGAAGUCAUCAAUUUCGGGGUCGCUCCAGCAACAUCAACAACAACAACAACAACGGAAAGGCAUUGUCAAGUUAGCAGAUUACCAUUGCAACAGCGAGCCUGGUAAACUUUGUCAGGAAUCGAACAAUCCCGAGAAACAAAGACCUGCAUAUUUGCCGAUCAAAGUGCAACGCACAAAAAAAUCAAUCGAAAGAAGCCCUUCACCACCUCCUCCACCUUCACCACCAUGUGUUCAAGAUUCUUCACCUCCGUCUAUCACGCCAAUUAUUUCACCGCCUCCUGCGUUUCAGGACAAAAAGGAGAAAUCUAGAGCAUUCUUCACUAAAGCGCCAUUCCUACCCAGAUACAACGCCAUCGAUAGAGACGUGCUGAGUCCACCUGAAUCGCCUCUCGUUACUAAACCACCAGCGCCUCAAUUCCGAAAAUUGAAGACGUCUGGUAAAGAUGUUCCAAAAUCGAGAAUGCCUCAAACUAAGUCUUUGGAAGACACUAGCGCCUGUAGAAGAACAAAUUUUGUUCAAAAGUACGGUUCGUCUUCAUCAUCGUCUUCUUCCAUGGGUUUCCGUAGUUUAGAUAGUUGUUUAAAUAGACCUUCAAUGCCUAAACUAAAAGAACAAAAUUCUUUUGAUACCAACGAAGAUGCGGACGAAGAAGAUAAUAACAGUUCGUCGGCAAACUUUAAUUUGAACGCACUCUCGCCUUUUCCAAUGCAUUCUUCAAACGAAUCGGUUCAGAGUCGUUCAAAUAAAUCUUCGACCAGUAGAUCAUCUAGAUCGUCGCAUCACAGACCUCAAUUGAAAAGAUCUCCUGUCUCUUCCGAUACUGCCAAACAACCAUCUUCUAGAAGUUCUUCCUCUAGUAGUGUAGAGACCAGACGUAAAUCGCCUUCUAGUUCCUCGAAUCAGUCAAAACGCUCAACCAGCUCUCGUCAGAAUAACACUGGUUCAGUUGACGACACGAAGGUUCGGAGAUCCAGAAGUCUACAGCUUCCUGACAAAACGAGCAGCAACAAUAACCGAAGUCCUGACAAACAAACCCAUUCCCGAAUUUCUCCGGCAAAAGAUGAGCGCCCACAACUUUAUAGAAAACAUACAAAUUCAACUGAGAAACUGAGAAAACACGGCCACUCUUCCAGUAAAUCUUUGGAAGUUGGUGCCGCUUCGGAAAGGGAUCUCCUUUAUGAGGCUGAGAUAGUUACCGACUUCGUAGCGGCGUCCAGAAGCAAAGCUGCUGCACAAGCCCUUGUGUGGCAGAAGUAUGCGAAGAAUAAAGACGAUCGUUUUCGAGAAAAUUUACCAAAAAGAAAUACCAACAGUUUUGAGGUUUAUUACGUCGGAAGAAAUGGUCGUGAACGAAGAAAAAUUCUAGAACGAGGUGUUACUACUCCCAGUACCAGCAGAGAGGCCUACGCUCCGACGUACAAAAUGAGUGAAGAAAUAGUUCAAUGUCCACAAUCAUGUAAUUUUUGGCCUCACUGUGCCCAUCGAGAAAAUUGGAAAGUCAAACAGCAAAUGCGCGCUUCUCAAAGUUAUCCCCUGCAUCAGCACUCGCUCGGUAGAAGUCCGGACAAAAACAGUUCCACCUCGAGUUUGAUGGAGCAGAUAAGUCAGGAUAUCCCGGACACGCGAGUGACCCACGAUACCCUGAGAUCAUUCUACAGGAAUUACCCUAGAAGGAGCAGUAAAGUGAUUAACGACAGAAGUCCCGAAAUCGUUUAUAACGGUCGUCGUAGAAAUCUUUGCAGAAUUAGUCCUAAUAGUUUGGACGAGCGGGUCCGAGACUACUCGGAGGAGCACAUUUACGAGAAAAUAUCGCCGCGUAUUUCACCUUCGACCUCGAAAAGUCGGUCACCGUCGGGCGGGCGCGGUUCUAGUGGUUCGUCGUCGAAUAGUGACAUAUGGGCGACACCUAGUGACCGCACGUAUAGUAAAAGUCCUAAAACUGGUAAAGGCUCGAGCGGUUCUACGCCAUUGGAUAAUUUGUGCGUGAAAGACUAUCACGAUUUAUCGCGUCCUGGUAGUGCUCCAACUGAGGACAACUACUCCUGCUUUGAAGUUGAUCAGAGAUCGAUGUCGUUACCCAAAUCCUUUCUAUCUGCCAGCUACCAGCAAGGUGAAACCACUUUAACAGAUGGUCCACGAAAAGGAACUGAAAGUGUUAGGUCGUCUCCGGGAAUCCACAGACGUCAACUAACUCCGGAAGUUUCGCACACCGCUCCGGUGACGCCUCUCCACGAGAACAACCGCAAAUCGUCCUUAGGGGAAUCAGGAAGAACAAAGGCAACAUCUACUCCCCAUCUUCUGGAUCCCUCGAGUAAGGAUAUCAGGAAUUCAAAAGAGAACUGCGAGAGCUAUGAAUUCCUGAUUCCGCCUUCCAAUGUUAGCAAAAGGAAGGACUUCAUCUCCCAAAGAAGUUUACCAGGUGCCGAAAGUGUCUUGAAGAAGUUCCGCAAGACGUUUUCUCUCCGUUUCCAGAAAAAGGGAAGUAAAGAUAAUUGCAGUUCGGAACAUGGAUCGGAGGUCCUUGGCGAUCCUUCCGAAGAAGAAUCACCGCAACAUAUUCCUCUUCAUCCUUCAAGUUUCGAAGAAACAAAAGAUGAUAACUACGAACAUAAUAAACACAAAUUUGGUUCCUUGGUCUGGCGUUCCAGCAAAGACCGCAAAAAAACCAACAAGGCUGCAAGAAACGUCAAGUGCAACAGCGGAGACAGCGGCAUUCAAAUAGAGUUGGUGGGUGGCGGAUGUGGGGGUGCAGGUGGCGAUAGUUCAGAGUCCCAUGCCGGCGACACGGACCCCGGAGGAGCAGGUGAUGACAACGAAAGUCCCCCGACAGUUCGUCGAAGGGCGCCAGCAUCUGACUGUGGCAGUGGCGAACAUCUCAAAGUGGUCCAGUCCAGACCUCACUCGGAGCUUCUCAACCAGGUGCUCAUCGACAAAUUCAAGGCUGAACUUCAAUCAAGAGCUCACAGACAUCGGCAUGUACGAAGAACGCAUUCAGAUUUAGGAGGUCAAAGGUUAUUUCAGUGGGAUCCCAGGUCAUCGUAUCGUCGGCUAAUGUCGUCUCCAAAUCCCCUUAGAAAAAGGCCGUUGAGGAUGAGUCCCUCCAAGAAGCCUCCCGACGCUCCAGACGGUGUUCAGUUACGAAGUUACCAUCAUCGAAGUCAACUUAGACGAUCUCUUAGUCAACCCGUAGAUAUCGACAAAUUAUCGCCACUUAUGAGAACAAAGACUGCAGGAUUAAGGUUGGCUGGAGCUGGCGUCUUUAGUGAAGACGAACAAGAUUGCAGAUUGGGAACGUCUGAAGACGAGAUGUUAUCCGAUUCCGAAUCUUCUUUAAAUUCUCUCCACGAACGUAAAAAGUCUUUAGAAUUAGCGAUGGAUGAGAAUGUCGUCAUUUUGGCCGAAGCUGUGUUCGAUCACGUCGCCAUUGAAUCCGAGGAACUGGCAUUUAGAGCUGGAGAUGUUAUCGAAGUUCUUGAAACGGUUAAUAGGGAUUGGUGGUGGGGUAGUGCCAACGGAAAAGAAGGCUGGUUUCCUGCAGCAUUCGUCCGUCUUCGUGUCAGCCAGGAAGACACCGUCGAAGAUUGUCUUGCAGCAAUGGUUUCUGGCCGAUCUGUGCCGUCUAGUGUUAAGCGUAGGACUAGUGUGUCCCUUUUAUCCAACGAUCAGGUUAGGACUAGUGUUGUUCGUGAGUUAGUGCAUACGGAACGGGAUUUCGUAAAGGUCCUUCAGGACGUGGUGGAAGGCUAUAUCGCGGAAUGUCGCAAACGCAAAGACAUGUUCACCAAAGAUCAGAUAGACACCAUUUUCAGUAAUCUAGAAGAGAUUCUCAAGUUUCAAACGGGAUUCCUCAAGGACUUGGAAUCGUGUAUAGACUGGGAGAAUCCAUACAAGAGCUGCGUUGGAAAAUGUUUUAUAAAGCACAAAGCAGGUUUCGAAAUGUAUUCGGAUUACUGUAACAGUCAUCCCCUAGCGUCCGCCACGUUGCAGGAACUGUGCCAAUUUAACAGUUACAGUAAAUUUUUUGAAGCUUGUCGACUUAUGCGUGGACUGAUAGAAAUUCCUUUAGACGGAUACCUGCUCACUCCCGUUCAAAGGAUUUGCAAGUAUCCUUUGCAGCUUGCCGAGUUACUAAAAUACACUAGGGGAGACCAUCCGGAUUAUAGCGACAUAAGUGAAGCACUCGACACCAUGAGGAGUGUUGCAGUACUGAUAAAUGAAAGAAAGAGGAGGAUGGAAAGCUUGGAGAAAAUUGCAGCGUGGCAGCAGAGAGUCGAAGCAUGGGAGGGUGAAGAUUUGAUAGAAGGCAGUUCACAAUUAAUACACCAAGGAGAAGUUGUUAGAGUCACCACUGGAAUGUGGACCAGCAACAUCACCUUAUUCCUCUUUGAUCAUCAACUGGUGUAUUGCAAAAAGGACAUUUUGAAGAGAAACACCUUUGUCUACAAAGGGCGUAUAGAUUUAGACACCAGUGAAGUUAUCGACGUUCCGGAUGGCAAAGACGUACAGAUUGGCGUGACCGUUAGGCAUAGCAUCAGAAUUCACAGCUGCAUCCGCGACAAGUGGUUGAUGUUUUGUUGUCGUUCGGCGGCCGAAAAACAGCAGUGGUUGAAAGCUUUUGCCAAAGAGCGUAGAUUUGUGGCGCAAGACAAAUCUGAAGGGCUAGAACUCCAUUCGACAGCUAAACAACUCGCCAAGGCAGCUGCGCGAUCUCAACGAAGGCCUCCGAGGAAACCCAGAGGUAGCAAGAAUUCGGCCUACAUGGGCUCUGCACUUCAAAUUUCCGCACAAAAUUCGAAUAACGCUUAUUCCUUGAGCCGGAAAGUGGGGACGUGGUUCACUUUUGGAGUAAACCGGAAAAUACGUUACCAACAGAGGGACGUUUCCUGAGAUAAGACAACCUUGCUGUAGCCCGUAUGCAUGUAAGUUAACGUUUUGAAGUUCCUUAUUAAUAACAUAUCGGCUGCAGCAAUAAUAACUCUUCAGAGCGAAGUCAAAAAUUGACUUUGAGAUAAAGUAACUCAUUGUUGAUUUUCUAUCAAAAGUAGUGAUUAAAACUCUCACACACUUUCGAAUAAUGAUUUUUAGUCUGUUUGGAAUCAAAGCACCAAGGGGUGAUGAUUUUUAUCUUGUAACAUGUGAUUUUACAAAGUGAUAUUAUGAUGGUCUCGUUUUGAAUUUAAUUUUAAUUUUAUUAUACCAUUUUUGACAACGCUCUGAAAGUUACAACUGUGUUGUUCGUAAAUUUUUGUUAGUGAUAUUGGCUACUGCCGUAUGUGAUGUUACUUAGAAUUUAAGAAAAAAAUUAGUUGAAAGGUCUAAUUUUUCUCUCGUAGUUCCGUAUGCGCUCAUUUCCUUCUCUCAAUUGUCAUACGUAUUGUAUCAGAACGCACAAUGAUGUUAAAUAAAUAAAAAUCGCAUUUGAGAACAGCACAGGGUAUUUUGGGUCUAUUGAACAACUUAGGCAAAAUUUUAGGACCAACAAAUGCAAAAUACUUCACUCAUUUAUCUUGUCUGCUAAAAGCAAUACUUAAUAAUGGCUUUGAAUGUAAUUACUUGUAUAUUUCACAUUUUUCGAAAUUUACAGGUACCGUAAAUUAUCUAAAGCAAUAGUAGUUUUUGUUUAUAUAGGUACCAACUUUAUAUAAACUUUCAACUAAUUUCCUUGACCGUUGUAGAUGAUUUCUUUGUGGUUUUUAUUGAUUAUUCCAAAUUUUUUGGAGUAAUUAUAAAGACUUAGUGGUUAGCAGAAUUUGUGUUCCAUUUUUUUAUAUGUUUACACACAGAGCAAUCCAUUGGGCUGGAGGGCAUAGUUAUUUUCCUAUCUCUUUUGGCCCUCCACGACUUACAACAAUUAAUUUUAAUACCUGUUACCUAUUUUUAUUCACAAUAAUUUCAUCCAUUUUCUUUUUCGUUUUUGUUCAAAAUUACCAUUUAAAAAUCUUAAUCCCUGUCUUUAUCCCCAUAGUUUCUCAAAACUUUGCUCUUUUGAACGUCCCAUUACAUUUUCCUAUCAAUUUAGUUUUCCUCAACCACAUCCAGUAUUCUUCCUUCAUUAUUCAUUACCCCAAAAGCCCCCAGGUAACAGCUUUUCUAUUUUAUUACUGGUCCCACUCUUUUUGGGGAAUCAUUAAAGAUAACACUUUCCAAAACUUCUCGAGAGUAGUUCAUUUAACUUACGUCCUGUUUUCCGAUUUCCUCACUUCCUUGAAAGUCCCUUUUCAUUAACAGGAGAGCCCUCUCCAUGUAUCCGGAAACUCAAUAAAUCACUCUGGGUGUAAAAGUGCAACAAAGCGGGAUGCACCAUUGCUUUGUUUAUAUGUUUGCUCAUUUUUAUUUUUUAAAAAAUGCCAAGUACCUCCUCUUGACCGACGUUGCGAGUAGACAGGUCCGGGGGUUGAAUUAUGGGUUUGGAGUGGUUAGGUAAAGGAAACGGAAAUUGAGUAUAUGGUCUGAAGGUUGGAUAAAGGGUCGAUUGUUGGGGACCUGGGGAUUGGAAAGGAAGUGAUGGAUAGAGGAUGACAAGGUGAGAGUGGCAAGGGUUUGAUAGAUUGAGACUGGUAAAGGGUUGAUAAUGGGUUGGAUUUGGAAGAAUAAUGAGAAAUGAAGGGAUUCAAGCUGAAGGUGGUAAGGGCUUCAUAAUAGUUUUGGUCCAAAAGAGUAUAUAUAUAUAUAUAAUGGGAUAGGAGAUGUAGGAUGACUUUUGGGAUGGGUCUUGGAGUAGCCAUUUCAAUUUUUGGGCCCGAAUUGAGAGAAGUAAUAAGGGGUUAAUAUAGAAGCUGUAAGGGUUCAUGUGAUUUGGAAUUGAAGGUUAGAAAGUAUUUUCGGGAACUCGAAAACGAUGGAACAAUUUAAAAACCAGAAAGUAGGUAAUUGUAGGAUUCAAAUGAAAUAGUUUUUGAAAAUAAUGUGAUGUAUUAGGUAGGCAUAGUGUUCAAAGGGAAUGAAUGAAAUUAUUCAAUGAUUGUUGAGGAACGAUUUUGGAUUUGAGGUGGUUUGAAAGAGAAUUUGUUUUCUAGUUUGUGCAGCACAAAUAACAUUAGUUAAAUUUGGAAGUUAAGACCUUUUUCUUUUGAUUUCAGCCGCAAUUUCCCUACGUCAUAGUUGAUUUACUAGUUCUACGCCGCGAUUGUUUAUAGUUAAAAUUACUAUUGUUAUUUAUCCUAUUAACUAUGUUUUCUAAGAAAAUGUUUUUGUUAUGGUUAAAUUAAUGAAAGAUAUUGUGGAAGUUUGUUUAAAAUGUACAAAUGUUAAUAAACGAUUAAAUGAAAAUUUGAAAGUUGGCAUUGUUAUUAUUUAAUCCAUUCUGCCUUUUAGAAUAAUCUAAAAGUUAAAAGUUUUCAUAAUCUUCAUAAUCCAUUAUGAUGGAAGAUGUUUUUGUGCUACACAAAACUAGUAAAAGAAGACAGGGAUGGUAAUAUCACCCCCGGACCUUGAAAUUGAAGAUGCACCCGCUCUAUGGUAGUAAAAUAUUUCCCCUGUUCGGUCUUGUUUUUAUUGAACUAGCGCCAGCAAUUGAAAUGUUGAUAGGAAGCAAUUUAUGGGAUUAUUCCUGUAAAAUAAAAUCAAUUAAUGCCAAUGAUGUAGCUCAUAAGUAGUUGUAAUUAUUUAAAAUGUUUCGUUUAAAUUAUAUUUUUGUAAGCUUUUCAUCACGUCUGUGUAUAUUUAAUGUAAAACACUUGUUAAAUGAUAAUAUUAAUCUGUUGUAGUUUUUAUUGCCAAACUGACUUGUUGAUAAUACUGAUCUUUUUUGAUUUCGCGACAACGUUGUAUCAUCGGUUUUGUGAGUCGCGACAAUAAAUUUUUAA